UCAAACUUGGAGUUGUGUUUGUUCUUAGUUGCUUUGUGUCAGUCGGAUUCGGAGGACUCUGGGUUUGAAGUUUCCGAAGAAGAGAGCGAAACAGAGGAAGUGUUUGGUUUGGAGCUUACCUCAGCUCCUGGAAUCGAAACCCUCUGCGUUUUCCCCAAAAACAGAGCAAAAAUAAUUAAAGCUGGAACUGAGACUGAGGUGCUCGUUGGAAUAAAAAAUGAUGGUCAAUCCAAUAUAGACAUCGUUGCGGUUAAAGGCAGUUUACAUCUUCCUUUCGAUCAAAAGCCUCUUGUUCAGAAUCUCACCGCUCUGAGCUUUGGCAACGCUUCUGUGCCUGUUUCAUCUCAAGCCACCUUCCCAUAUAUCUUUGCUGUCAGCAAGUUCCUGCAGGCUGGUGGUUUUGAUCUAGUUGGAACCAUUGUCUAUCAGAUAGAUGGAAAGCCCUACCAAAGCACAUUUUACAAUGGAACCAUCGAGGUUGUUGAAGACGGUCCUCUCUUCAGGAUGGAGUCAGUCUUCCUUAGUGGUCUUUUGAUUUCGCUAAUCGUUCUUCUUAUGAUCUAUAUCAAAAAUGGUCUGAGGCAUAUGACCAAGAAAACAAAGAGAGCAACAAAAGCAAAAGUUGAAGUUGGAACCGCAGCUAAAGAUGCUUCACUUGAUGAAUGGCUUGAGGGUACUGCCUAUACUCACUCUUCGAGUAAGUCAAAGAAGAAGAAGUAGAUCAGACCAAAUCUCACAGGCUUUAUCUGUAUCUCUAGUGACUUGUGAAACCAAAAGCGCACGAACGAUAGUAAUUAUAGAUAGAGAGGGAGAGAGAGUUGUUGGUCGAGAUCCUCCUUCCUAAACUUGUAACUUCAUAAAAUCUUCAAAUGCUUUUUUUUUGGUUACUGUAGUAAAUGUUAAACUUGUUACCUUCGUUAAGAAUGUCAAAAUACUUUUUAAUGACUUUCCAUGAGCGUGGUUA